AAUUCAAUCAUCUUGGUUGAGUUGCUGGAUCAACUAGGAUGCAAAUAAAGUGUACUGGUAAAUUUUAUGGACUGCUUCACUUGUAUAUAAAAAAUCAUGGACCUCUAGAUGAAAAUAACCACAUCCCCGUAUUUCCGUGCUCGCUUCGUUUUCACGUCCAGAACCAGAACCCGCCUUGGCUCCGCGGUUCCGUGUGCGACGGCGUUUACUUCUCCCGCCCGGUGACGGCGGUGCAGCGUCGCGCGCGUCUCGGGCGCACUUCAAGGCGAAGAAGAAGAAGAGACGCGUCUCCGGAGCGCAGAGGUCGCUCCUGGUCAAUGCGUCCUGCUGCUGUCAGCGUGUUCUGCGCCGUCGCCUCCAUCAUGAUGUCCAUUAUGCUUUCGCGGACCGUCGGCCGCGUUGUUGCGGAGAUGAACUGCAGGUCUUACCCGACUUUCAGCUCAGUUUGUCGCACGUUUGCGACAUAAGUUCCAACAUGGGGAGAAGCAACCGACCGUGUGGUGACAUACUCGCAGCUGAAGACCAUGCUGUCGAACCGCACCGUUCAGCUGUACGAUGUGAGAAACCCCGACGAAUACCAGGAUGGACGCAUUGCAGACGCGGUCAACGUCCCAUUGGACACCCUGCAGGAGUCUCUGCAGCUGGCUCCUGAGCUCUUCCAGGAGAAGUUCAAGGUGAAGGCUCCUGGAAAAAACGACGACAACAUUGUGUUUCACUGCCGGAGCGGCAAACGGAGCGCCAAGGCGCUGGACAUCGCUCUUCAGUUGGGUUUCAGCAGGGCAAGACACUAUGAAGGCGGCUACAGUGAGUGGGCAGAGAAGGAAGGAAAAUAAAUCCAGGCUGAAUUCUGCCCUUCAGUCCCACAGCUUCACUGCAAAUAUCAAACCAGAGGGUGAAUCUAGAGACGGGAGCUGCUCUGAACCACUGCAGAUGAUGAUCACAAUGUAUCAAUUGUAUCAAAAUGUGCAAUUUUUAUAACACAAUAAUGUGAACCCGAGUUAGAGUAACAAUUUGAUAAUGAUAUAUAUAUAUAUAUACUAUAAGGACACUCAUUUUAAUAUUAUGUUUAGUUUUUUUGUGCUAUUUUGAUUUCCACCAAUAAACUGGACAGGAACCUGCGUAAUGUUAAUUAAAUUACAUAGAAAAUUCA